GGCAAUGCGAUGCAACAACAACAACAGUAAGCUAUCGACUAUUCAAAAUACAGCAACAACAUCAUGUGUACGUUGCACUUGUUUGGCAUUAGUUUACAAAGUUGCCGUUGUAAAGUUCCAAGAACAGGAUAAUAUGUUCAGAUGAAAUUGACUGUUUAAUAUGCCUCAGGUUGGAGGGGUUCAGCUACUGUUACUAGUUCUGGCUGUGCCAACACAGUAUUUUAUAUCAAAAUGGAUGACACCAUCCUCUUCAGAUAGAGAAUACAUGACACGGAGACUUAUAAAUGGCGUCCACAAUUGCAUUCAAGCUUUUACAAACGCAAGUACUUGGAAAAAAAUUCUCAUCAAGUUUGUAAAAUUUACAUCACCUCCAUCAAGAACAAGGAUAAAAGAUAUGGGGGAAUGCCCAGCUAAAGAAGUAUUCUCAUAUCAAAAUAAAGAGGGAUAUUUUGCAUCUUCAAUAGACAUCAGGAAACCAAGACCAACAAGUGUUGCAUACAGAGUAGGACAAGUGAUAAAACACAAAAAAUGGGGAUACAGAGGUGUUAUUGUUGGCUGGGAUGAAAGGGCAAAAGCCCCAGAGUCUUGGAUAAAUGUGAAUCACAAAAAUAAAUUGGAAUGGAGAAAGAUGCCAAAUUAUUCAGUUCUAGUUCACACGGAUGACAGAUCCCCAGCACAGAUAACCUACAUCCCCCAAGAAAACUUUGAAAUUUUAACCGAUACGAAGAUCAAUCACCCUGAAGUCGAAGAUUAUUUUGAAGACUUUGACGGAGCACAGUACGUACCAAGACCGUGGCUGAAAGAAAUCUACCCUCUUGAUUAGUAAGACAAUUCCAAAACUAUUGAAUCAUAAAUCUUGUUUUACGUGUUUCUGAAAAUACUAUUUGCAGCUCGUUAGCCAAAAGAUUAAUAAAGCACUUAUUUGAUGUCCUAAAUAGCACCUAACUUUCUAUAGGCAAGUCACCUCAUUAAAAUUUAUCUCAGGUCAAAUAGAAAGAUUUAUAGCAUUGAGUAUUUGCAUAUCUUUAAGCUGUUGUCGGAAAAUUCAGAUUGAGCAAAUUAACAGAUCAUUGCCGAUGGUGUCUGUUUGAGGUCACUCAUUCACUGUAAUAAUUAAAGCUUUAAUUAGU